UGGGUUGAGGCACCUGAUAACGGUACUAGGUGUGUUCACCCGUUUUUCUCACUCCUUACGUUAAUCGCGCUGGGAAGAGACAAUUUCCUCGUCUUAUCUACUGGUAUCGGAGUGUUGGUGAUGCUAAAAAGGAGGAAUUACCGAGGUUUCGUCGAUGAGUAAUGGGGAUUCCAGUCGGGCCUCACCUGUUGGACUGUUUUGACACCUGUCGAAUGAGCGCUGGUUCAAAUUCGCGGUUUUCUCGUCGUUUUUUGAGGAUAAAACUCAGUCUCGGGUGGGUGUCCGGUGAUUGCGAGUGGGCAGGGAUUUCUUGAAUGUCUCAGUUUAUUCCUUCGGAUUAUUUUUGAAUAAAUAAAGUGACAUCGACAGAUCGACAGCCUGCGAAUCUUUCACAGAGGUGUUUCUGGGGUUUCAAACUCAUCAGAAUGGCCAGCGGACAGGACAGAGAGGGGCAUGUGACCAUUCCCCUUCAGUACAAUGAUUCGCACUGGAAGGGAAUUUUUGAGAAGUAUGAUCUAGACGGAGAUGGCAAAAUCUCGUACAAUGAGCUGAAGGCAAUGGUCAGGGGAUCCAGCUGCACUGAUGACAUACCACCUAGAGUUGUGAGACUCAUAAUGCACAAAGCCGACCUGGAUGAGUCAGGGUAUCUGGAGUACCCAGAAUUUAUUGCCAUGAUCCAUAGGAAAGACAUGCAGGGUGUCUUCGGGCACUUCAUAAAUCGCUAUGUCCACACAAUGGUGCCGUGCAGGCCCACCCUCUCCACUCAAUUGAGUGCGAGAAUUUCCGCGGACUUUCCCGAUGGCCAAUACGAGGAGGAGUACAGUUGUAGACCACCUCCAGUAGCCAUGAUCAUCAUAUCAAUUAUCGAAAUUAUUUUAUAUGUUUACGACAUCGCGACUGUACCGAGGAAAGCAUCGCUCAUUGAUGGACCAGCUGCUGAGUUAUUUAUUUACAAUCCCCAUCAAAGAUAUGAGGCCUGGAGAUACGUGACAUACAUGUUUGUACAUGUUGGAGUGUUUCAUUUACUGGUGAACCUAUUAGUCCAAGUAAUGCUGGGAAUACCCUUGGAGAUGGUCCACAAAUGGUGGCGUGUACUAAUCAUCUACCUCGCUGGAGUGGUAGCUGGCUCCCUUGGGACAUCAGUAUCAGAUCCAAAUGUCUACCUCGCUGGUGCAUCUGGCGGUGUUUACGCACUCAUAACAGCCCAUGUUGCAACAAUCGUAAUGAACUGGCAUCAAAUGGAGUUUGCUGUGCUCCAAUUAUGUGUAUUCGUCGUUAUAACGACUGUUGACGUCGGCCAGGCUGUUUACAAUCGUUACGUGCUCGGUACACAGGAUCAAAUUGGGUAUGUGGCCCACUUGGCAGGUGCUAUUGCUGGAUUAUUAGUUGGGAUCAACGUUCUUCGUAAUCUAGAAGUACAAACGUGGGAAAAAGCUGUUUGGUGGGCUAGUAUCUUUACGUAUACUGCUCUCAUGACGGCUGCUAUUCUCUGGAAUAUCUUCGGAAUGGAAUAGAAAAGUCAUCGUUAGAAAAAUUGAUGAGUGUGGAAAUGGUGAGAGGAGACUAUUAGAGAACUGACAUGAGUAAAAAUGUCAUUCAUUAUUUUGUAAAUAUAUUGGAAGAGACGUUCUUUUAGGACAUAACAUUUACAAAAUUGGCGCUGAAAAAUUUCUCUAAAGUUUUUCCUUCCAAUCAUAUUUGAGAAAUCAUCUAUCAAUGUGUUCGACCUCCUUUUACUACUUCUCUACUGAAUUAUUGGCCUUUCUGAAUCACUUUCGAGUGAUUAUGUGAAGCUAGAAUUAAUCCAUAAUUCCCUCAGUAUUUAAUUUGUAUUUAGUUGGCAGCUACGAACAAAUCCUCGAUUUAAUGAACCGAGUGCUAUGUAAGUUAUUUUAUAUUUCAUUCUAGUUUAGUACAAAAAUUUAUAUCAUGAGGUCAUGUAAUGAGUUCACUGAGACGAAUCAUUCUCUAGAAAUAAUGACAACGAGCAGGAUUAGGUAUAUCAGAGUGUCAAUUAUUUUUUUUGAUGAAUAUAAACUUUUGUACGGAAGAUGUGAAAGAACAUGCAUUUAUUCUCUGACUAUAAGAUUUUGCAAGAUGUAUUUAUGACUUGGCAGGGGAUUGAGAGUGGUGUGUUCACCGAGGAAGAGUACAAUUUUUGUUACUGUAUUUAAUCGAUGAAAAUUAUGCACAGAGGGUUGGAGAAGUUGCUUGUAUAGUAGCACAUUUUUUUUAUCAUUUGUAUUGCAAAAUUACAAAAUUUUACUGCCAUCGUAUUUUCCAACGCCCUGUGUCAAGUCAUUUUGUAUUAAUAAUGCUCUCACUAUAUAAGUUAUGUAUUUAUUUGACAACGAAGAUAUAUUGUUUUUUAUGAUACAAAGUUGAAUAAAAUCGUUUGCAUCAAA